UAAGCCUGAUUCGUGAACAGCUAGAUGCAAUGCAACCGUGAAUAUUUAUUGAAAAGAAACUAGACUCGGCAAGACUCCAAUCAGAAAAGAAAUGCAAAUAGUUUGCGUGUACACAACUCCUUAAUAAAAGCAUUAUUCUUUACUGGUGGUCAGUCUUGAAAUUAAAUUUUUAUGCAAACAACUAGAUACAACAACGUAAGCAUUCUGGUCAGGAAAAAAAAUGCAAAUGGCUUGUUUCUACCUAAUCAGAGAUGAACCCCCCAAAAAAUACUAGUUAUUUAUAUAUUAGUGCCUCAAAUCUUUGAAAUUGCUCAUAAAUCCCUCAAAAUUCCAAGGGGUCUUGCAAUUUGGUUUCUCAAUGACCAAAAUACCAUUCAGUUUUAUGUUCCCCCAGAACUCCUUUGUGCUCACGAAAACAUUAGCUCAGGGACGUGUUGAUCAUUGAGGGACCUAUGAGCAAUUUCAAAGCUUUGAGGGACUGUGGAAUUAAUGAAGAUUAGAGGGACUAUAUCUAAAUAAACCAAAAAUAUAACCACAUAUGAAACCAAAACCUUAUAUAGUCAAAUCAAGCGUUUUCUGUGUUCAAGUUCGAUGAUCGCAGAAAUUUCCUCCGUCUGGCAUAAUUCUCAAACUUACGAUGUAAAACGUAUGUAUUCAGCUAAAUUAUCUUGAUGCCUCCUUAAUAACACAUUUGUAAUCAAUAAGAGAAUGGCCAUAAUCUACUAACAGAUAGUCUUGAACAAACCUGAUGCGAUGCACCAAUGAAUAUUUACUGAAAGGAAGCUAGACUGAGCAAGACUUAAGUCAGAAAAUAUGCAAAUAGUUUGCGUGCACAUAAUCAAAGAUGAACUGACGAGGACUUAGAACCUUAAUCAGUCAAGUCGUUGUAUGUAUAUAUACUGCAUAUUUUGCUUCUAUUCCUGUACCUAACACAAAACAAAAAUGGUGAGCACACCAGAGCAUUCUAUCAAAGUCUUGGAUCAAGAAUGGGUUAAGUCCUGGAAGAAGAAGCUGAGAGGCUCAAACCCUAACAACGGAGGCACAAGCAUCAUCUUCAGAGUCUCAGACCACAUCAGAGCAACAGAUCCCAAUGCUUAUGAGCCUAAGGUCGUAUCUAUAGGCCCCUACCACCAUAACAAGCCACACCUAAAACCCAUGGAUCAAGUCAAAUUGCUUUACUUUGAAAGAAUCCUUCAACGAAACAAAGAAAUUACAUUGGACAAGUAUUUGCAGCUCAUUGAUGGGUUGAAGACACAAUCUCAAUUGUCUUAUUCUGGAGAUAUCAAACUUGGAGAGAGGGAGUUCUCAGACAUGCUGCUUCUUGAUGGAUGCUUCAUCGUUGAGCUCUUGCUCUCACAUUACUUCAGAAGCCAUGAACAACAAAGAGAGAAUCUGAUCUUAAAUAACAUGACGACUUUAUCAUUGGUAGAGUUUGAUAUGUUGCUUCUUGAGAAUCAGCUUCCUUUUGUUGUCCUAAAGGGUUUGCUCGACUUGGUGGUUGGAGACAAAAUCUCUCUUAUUGAAAUUGCUUCCAAAUUCUUCAAAGGUCUAAUCAAGGGUCUUGAACCACUUCCUAAAAGUGAUGGCUCAUCAUCUAAAACUAAUAAGUUUUACCAUUUGCUUCAUCUCUUCCAUGCAUGUUUUAUUGGCAAACCAAUUGAAGAGGUCAUCGUUGCUGAUUUUCCAACUGAAUCGAUGCUGAUGACUCCAUGUGCAUCUGAUCUUAUGAAUGUCGAUGUGAAGUUCAAGCAAAAGACUGAUCGGAGCUUCAGCUGGAAUAUAUCAUAUGAACACGGUAUCAUCGAGAUCUUUCCUGCAAGGCUCAACAGCAACUCUAACUCUUUCUACAGAAACCUCAUAACUUUCGAACAGUAUUUCUUUCGAAACAUAAGAAGUAGGGUAAUGGCCUAUGUGAUGUUAAUGAGUUGUCUUAUAGACUCGGGAAAGGAUUUGGAUUUGUUGCGACGAGAAAGGAUUGUUGCGUAUACUCUGGACUAUAAUGAAGCAACUCUCUUCUUCAGAAAGUUGUGCAAGGACUCUAUAAUGGACUAUGACAAGUCCUAUCUUUCUCAGCUUCAGGACCUCUCCAUGAAUGUGUGGGAACUCUAUGAUACCAAAUGGAUCAGGUAUAAAGCAAAGUUAAAACAUGGAUACUUUAGGAAUCCGAUAAAUUCAAUUUACCUGAUCACUAGUGCGGUUCUUUUUAUUGUGCUAACAAUACUACAGACUGUUUAUACUGUUCUCUCCUAUUAUCGAUCUUCAAAAUAGUAUUGUUCCUUUUGAUUGUGUGUGUGUGUGUGUGUGUGUCUACAUGUGUGUCUGCAAUACUUGAGUUGGCAUACCAAAUAAGUUGAGGGCUAUUGUUCUCAAGUGUAUUAAUUAUUUAAUGUUCAUAGAAACACCAUGUAUUUCGUCUGUUUAUAUGUCUAUCAACAUCGUAAAUUUGCUC